UUUUUGGUCGUGUCAUUAAGUGUCAAAAGACCGUAAAGUAUAAGUUUUAGGCAUUUUGUAGGCAUUUUUCUGUUUUUACGAUGUCGAUUCAAGAAAAAAAUGCAAAAAUGUCCAAACUUCUUCGAAGUAAGGCUCAGGAAUUUCUUUCUUCGCGAAAAAGUUCACAUAUUUUGGAAGAAAUUGUUCGGCAUUUUAAUUCUGGCAGCGACGUAAAUUCAUGUUUAUUGGCACUAGAAUUGAUAUUUACAACUUUGCUUAAGGAUAGACAUAUGAGAAUUGAAAUUACACCUUUCAAGCCGGUACAACAUACGCCCGAAAACCAGUACAAAGAAUGGUUGCAAAAUACUUAUGAAGAAUGUUUUUCCAAAAUACUUUGCUGUGCAGAUCACCCUUCAAAUAAAGUUCAAAUACAAAGCUUUACUACUGCUAUGAAUCUACUCUCAUACGAAGGAAAAUUUCCCUUAGAGCAGAAAGGAUGUUUAGAAAGUUAUGUGCCAUUAGGGAAGUUGAAAGCUACACUUUUGAAAAUGCUUACAGGAAAUAAGAAUACAUCAAAUUUAAUUAAAAAGUUUGAAGAAUAUCUAGAAUAUAAUGAUAUGCUUUUCUUCACCUGGAAAGUUUUGCCAUCUAUAACUGCUAAAUCAAAUCCAAAUGAUAUUUAUAUCAUGAACUAUCUUAAUUUAUUGGACAAAAUGCAUGUAGAAGAGAAUGAAUCAAAGAACUGCUUAUGUUAUGGCAAUGAGGGUGAUGUAUUCAGUUAUGAUGAAAACGUCACAAAGAAAUGUUUAAAUAAAGUAUGGAGCUGCAUGGUACGUUGGGAACCUUCAUCAUCGACUCACAAAGAGCUUUUAGCAGUUUUACUAGAAAAAAUUUUGCCUCAUUUAGACAAACCACUACUUCUGACCGAUUUCUUAAUGGAUUCCUUGGAUGUAGGUGGAGCUGUCUCUCUAUUAGCCCUUCAAGGUAUAUUUACCUUGAUCCAAAAAUAUAAUUUAGAGUAUCCAAACAUUUAUGGUAAACUAUAUUCAAUGUUUGAACCUGAAAUCUUCCACACAAAAUACAAGGCCAGAUUAUUCCAAUUAGCUGACUUAUUUUUGAGUUCCACACAUCUCCCUGAGAGUCUGGUAGCUGCAUUUGUCAAGAGAAUGGCUAGAUUGGCACUAUUAGCACCUUCAGAAGAUACAAUUGUCAUCUGUAGAUUUAUAGGAAAUCUAAUAUUGAGACAUCCCGGUCUAAAAGUAUUAAUUGACCAUCCUACUGGUGGUACAACUUCUUCGGACCCUUACCUUAUGGACGAGAGCGAUCCCAUGAAGUCAAAUGCGAUAAACAGUUCAUUAUGGGAGUUAAAAACACUUCAACAUCAUAUGAUUCCAAAUGUCGCUUCAGCGGCACGCUUUAUUGACAAUCCCUUGCCGAAGGUCGAGUGGGACCUUAACGAGGCGCUUAAUUCCACUAGUGACGACAUAUUCGAUAAAGAAUUGAAAAGGAAUAGUAGACUUAUCACAUUAGCAAUUAGUAAACCAAAUCCGAACGAAAUAGAUAAGUUUGCACAGUUUUGGGAAUUGUAAAAUUGUACUAUACUGACUUAUUUUAUGUAUGUGUUUUGCUGUUCUGUUCUUCAUUUUGUAUUUUUGCCUGAAAGAUUGUUUUUUUACAAUUUAAAUAAUAGGUAUGAAAUGGACUGGUAGGUGAGGUAUGUAAAAAUAAUACACAUCGAAUCAAAAAGUCUUAUUCAGUUUGAAAAGUUCCAGUACAUUCUUUGUUUUUGAGGCAAAUGUUAGUAACAAGGCUCCUGGUGUUUAAUGUAGUUAAAAUACUUUCCUAAUGAACAGUAAAUGCCAUUAUUUGGGUUAUAGAUAUGUUGCAUUUUCGUCCUUUAAAUCAGGAAAAAGUUUAUUUUCGGGGGGGGGGGGAAAGUAUGGUAAAAAGAGUAUAGCGACCUCCCGAAAUUUUGUCGUCCGAGAAGGAAUGCUAUAGUCUAUUCUCUUGGUGCGCAAGAUACUAUUUUUUACAUACCUGAAUAAAGUCCCGAUUUUUCUUGUUAUAUGUGUACUGCAACUAGGAAUAUCUCGAUCGUGUAACCGUUCACUUGUUUACUAACAAAAAAAGGUCAGUUCUUUUGUCCUACACAGUACUAUUUUUGGAGACAAAUAUAUUUCUGUGGUAAUACCAGUGUGAUAGGUGCAUUAAAUUUUUAAGUUCUGUUGUUUUUAUAAAUUUUUAAAUAAAAUUGAAAUAUACACCUAUGUUAUUAACAUUAAAAAAAGUAAGAAUCGGCGAUAAAUAAAAAAGUUAUUUGCUUUUCUCUAAAAUUAUUAUUUUCUCAACAGAAUAUGCAUUUACUGAACAAAAUUUUAAAUAAUAGCCGUUUUAUGGGAAACAUUUAACGUAUUUAUUUUUUAUGGAUGUGAUAAUGAAUAGAAUGUAUGAAAUGUUCUGUUUCCCAUUUUAACAUGAUCAUAACAAAUUGUAUUUGCGUAUUGUAUUUUUGAAUGGAGCGGAAAAUCUCAAGCUGUGAUGAAACAAAGUAAUAAGUGAGAAUUUCGUGUUGGAGAUGGCGUUUGUGUGUAUUUUUCUUUUCAAAACAUUUACCUGCGCGUAUUUACAUUUUUGGGCACUCGUUGUGAUAUCUUUAACAAUGUGUAGAAUAAGAAAACGAUUCCAUCUCCCCUUCAACGCUUUUAAUUUUAAGUUCUUCAUUGCAAAAAUAAGUGCACAACCUUAAAUUAAUGGUAAACAUACCAUGUAGAAGAAACUUUUUUUUUUUAUUUAGGUGAAUGUGGUAGCAAUUUUUUGAAUACUGAUUAUUUGUUUUUAUCUAGUCAUAUAAUAUACCUACGCCUUCUCAAAAACAGCGGUUUGAAGAAAAAUAUUCUUUUCAAUUGUUAACAAAUAUUUUUUUCUUGUUUUAGUACUUUCAAUUUAUUUUAAAACAAAAAAUUAAAUUAAUUAUCUAACCUGGGUAUUCUAUUGCUGUUAGUAGGGUUACAUAUUAAUUUUUACUUGCAGCAAAGAGAUUAUUUUAAUUUAAGUAGGUAUAUAUUUGUUAACAAAAAAUAUAAUCUUAUUUUAGAAUUUCACAAAUAAUUAGGUAAUAUACUUUCUUUGGAGCGUUUUUGGAACCCCUAUAGCUGGGAAAUAUGGAGUGUAUCAUCAAAAAUUUUAAUGUUAUUAUCUUCAAAUUCAAAAAUAUACGUAAUAAUAGCAUAAAUUAUAUUUGUAUUAUAUGGAAAUAAAUUUAAGAAAAUUUGGUAAAGUAUUAAAUGGGGCGAUGAAACACUCUUUACAAACAUAGCUGAUAGGUACUUUAAAAACUCAGCUGAGAGUUAGUAAUGGUCAUGACUCAAUAAGAGUUACAUGUUUUUGGAAAUAUUAUUUUUAAAUUGCAAUGUUCCAUUGUAGUUUAUCAAUCUUAUACUUUUACUUAAAAUUCUUUUAAGUUGUAUGAUAUUGAGUAAAUUAUGGUUUUGUUGGUUCUUGAUUCUCAGCUGUUUGUUAAUAAAGAGUGAAAUAAAUAGAAGGUACCUAUGCAUUCCUAUUUUUGUAUCCGUUUCAUUUUUUGUUGCUAGGUUAUAAUGGUACUAAUGUAAAUAACAUUUUCUUCUACGCACUCGCAUAAAUGAUGCAUAAGCUUGGCCAUUUGUAUUUUUACAAACUGAACAAUUUUUUUGUGACUGUACGGACCAGGUUUAUGUUUUUAUAUUACUAUAAUAUGAUUGUAAUUAUUAUUACUAUUGUAUAUUUAAUUGUGCUUUGUUCAAUAUAUGUUUAAUGUAAUUCACCAAACAAUAAAUAUUGCUUUUAUACCA